AUGACGGUACAGAUGGGCUUACAGAGAUUAGGCCAGUUAUCCAACAUCGUUCGCGUCUCGGGUCUUAAUAAUGUCGAGAAACGCAGCGGUAAUGGCCGGCAGUCCACUGCCACCUUCGAUGAAGACUUUAUACUCGAGCUUUCCGACUCUAUUCGAGAAAGUCUCGAUAGAGGGGAGAUUGGGCCGCGAUGGGAAGAAGCCAUGGGGUUUCUGGCCGCGGCGCUCCGAGACGAGGCUAACAAGGAACCCCUAAUGGAUCUCGCGACUAUCGAGAGAGGUCGUCUCGAUAGGCUCGUCGCCGAUAUCACUGACCCCGAUAAACGACCUAUGGACGAACCUGAAAGAUACGCAAGGGACGUGAGGCUAGCAGAACGUCUCGAAUGGCGAUGGAGGUCUCGGUUCCGGGAACACUACUUCAGCAUCCAAAGUUCCCGAUAUCUCAAGCUCCCAAAGACGGGUAGACUCAGAGGGGUGGAGAGAGAUUUCGGGAUCAACAACCCUGGCGAGGAAUGGAGGAUCAAAGAUAUCACGACACUGCAAGCAAUCGAUAGAGACGCGGCAUUCAAGCCAGGGCAUUGGUGGCUGAAUCUGGCCUGCGCUCAACGAGAUGGCAUCGUUGACAACCCACGCGAGACACCCACUGUAGGGCAUCUCGGCGGUGAUACGCUGCCACUUCUUACAGGGGAAGAGUUCGAGGACCCUGUACUGAAGGAUACAACCACUUAUAUCAGAAACGGUGGCCUGGCAGAUAUGCACGUAUCGCUCAUAACCAAAGUCGGCACCAUUAUGCGUGUCCUGCGUGGACACAACCUCAACAGCCCAUUUGCCCCAAGAUACGGUGUUCGAUACGAUGGAUUAUACAAACUGGCACAAUACGGACAGAGAUUCUAUGAGAAGAUGAAGACGGACCGCAUGUUUCUAAUACUGGAGAGAGUCAAAACGCAACCGCCGAUAGAAGACUUCGAGAUGGUCCCACGACCCUCGCAAAUAGACGACUGGGGCCUCUAUUCGCAGUACGCCGAGGAGCAGGUCAAGAAGAGGUUGGGCGACAAGGGCUUCCUGAACUAG